GUCAAUUCGUCAGUGCCCCGCCAACAUGCAGGAGCAAAUGGGACGGAGGGGUCAAAGGCUGCGACUGUCCGCCACCAUGUCCCUGAAUGUGCUUAGCUAGGUACUCCAUACAGCUCUGCGCGACUGAGCUCAACGGAUUUUUUUUUCUUCUGGGCUGAGUUUGUUGAUCCCCUAGUCGACACUGCCACUUCCUUUCCAUUCAUUUCUCGAGAGUAGGAACCCAUUUCUUCCAAGAAAAAAAUAUUUCAGAGUUCAUCAAGAACUCCAUCCCCUGCGCGUAUUUCGCACAAACAUCUUGAGAAACGCCAAACACGUACGAAGCAGAAUCAUUAUUCACAAUGACUACCGCCCUUGACCACCUCUACAUUGGCGGCCGCAUCAACUGGCUGGCCCAGUUGAACACGGCCGCCCAGCCUGACAAGAACUACCGCCGUUCUUCUAUCAUUUGUACCAUUGGCCCCAAGACCAACUCGGUCGAGGCCAUGAACGACCUGCGCAAAGCUGGCAUGAACGUCGUCCGCAUGAACUUCUCACACGGAAGCUACGAGUACCACCAGUCCGUUAUCGACAAUGCGCGUGAGGCCGAGAAGCAGAUGCCCGGCCGUCAGCUUGCCAUUGCCCUCGACACCAAGGGCCCCGAGAUCCGUACCGGAAACACCAAGAACGACGAGGACCUGCCCAUCUCGGCCGGUAAGGAGCUGAACAUUACCACUGAUGAGCAAUACGCCACCAGCUGUGACACGGAAAAUGUCUACGUCGACUACAAGAACAUCACCAAGGUCAUCGAGAAGGGACGUAUCAUUUACGUCGACGACGGUGUCCUGGCUUUUGAGGUUCUCGAUGUGAUUGACGAGAAGACCGUCCGCGUCCGUGCUCGCAACAACGGCUUCAUCUGCUCCAAGAAGGGUGUCAACCUUCCCAACACCGACGUUGACCUGCCCGCCCUUUCCGAGAAGGAUAAGGCCGACUUGAGGUUUGGUGUCAAGAACAACGUCGACAUGGUAUUUGCUUCGUUCAUCCGUCGCGGACAGGACAUCAAGGAUAUCCGCGAGGUUCUCGGCGAGGACGGCGCCCACAUCCAAAUCAUUGCCAAGAUUGAGAACCGUCAAGGCUUGAACAACUUCCCUGAGAUCCUCAAGGAGACUGAUGGUGUCAUGGUUGCCCGUGGUGACCUGGGUAUCGAGAUCCCUGCCGCUGAGGUUUUCGCGGCUCAGAAGAAGAUGAUUGCUCUGUGCAACAUGGCCGGCAAGCCCGUCAUCUGCGCUACUCAGAUGCUCGAGUCCAUGAUCAAGAACCCUCGCCCCACCCGUGCCGAGAUCAGCGAUGUUGGCAACGCCGUCACCGACGGCUCGGACUGCGUCAUGCUUUCCGGUGAGACGGCCAAGGGUAGCUACCCCUGUGAGGCCGUCAGGGAGAUGAGCGAUGCUUGUCUCAAGGCUGAGAACACGAUCCCGUACGUCAGCCACUUUGAGGAGAUGUGCGGCGCUGUCCACCGCCCUGUUAGCAUUGUCGAGUCGUGCGCCAUGGCUGCUGUUCGUGCCUCGCUUGACAUCAACGCCGGCGGUAUCAUCGUCCUUUCCACCUCCGGCGUGUCGGCACGUCUCCUGUCCAAGUACCGCCCUGUCUGCCCUAUCUUUAUGGUUACCCGCAACCCCUCGGCAUCAAGGUACAGCCACUUGUACCGUGGUGUCUACCCGUUCCUGUUCCCUGAAGCCAAGCCCGACUUCUCCAAGGUCAACUGGCAGGAGGAUGUCGACCGUCGCAUUAAGUGGGGUGUCAAGCACGCCCUCGAGCUGGGCGUUCUCGAGAAGAACGACUCGAUUGUCGUCGUCCAGGGCUGGAAGGGCGGUAUGGGCAACACCAACACCAUCCGUGUGCUCAAGGCCGAUACCGAGAGCCUUGGAAUUGGCCAGGCUGAUCUUUAAAAAGUUGUAUGGUUUGAUUGAUUGCGUAUGCGCUUCUUGUCCCAAGAUGGCUUUUGGGGAAUAAUGGGCUAGAAUGGCGCUCUUUUUUCACUUAAUGAUAUCACGAGAUAGACUCUUAGGAAUGGCAAAUGGACGAAUGCAUCAUACUUAUGCUCUCAUGCAAUGCUCCUGAAUCUGACCCGUUUCAUCAAGUCUCAACCCCGUGACUCUGCCUUGAGCUUACGAAUGGUCGUACUGCUGAUUUUGGAAGCAAACUCGGCAGUCUGUGUAGGUUCGUCCGACGACUGCACAUCUCCCGCAUCCAGGACAUCAACCUCGAAGAGCUCAAGCGGCGCCCAGCCCAGCUCGGAACGCUUAUCAUUAACAGCCUUGCCUCCUGCUCUCGUCUCGGCCGACAAGACAAGGGACGAAACCUCCCGCAUGGUUAUUGUCGGCCCGAAAGCAUCUUGGAUCCUGACACAGUUCACCUCGACCGCACCGCCCCGGAGCCGGGCGACGAAGAGCCCAUCCUUUUCCUCAAUAUUUGGUCUGGCCUCCUCAGGACUGAGACAAAGCAGCGUGGCCAGGAAGUCGAUGACGCUCCUUGCGCGGCUGUCCCAGGACUGCACGAGCUCGGCGUACUUUUUGUUCUUGAGCAGCUCGUCGCCCGUGAUGCCGACGAUGAAGGUGGCGGGCUUUCCCCCUUCGUCCAAAUUAGGCACCUCCAGAAGCAGCGCGCCGCCCGUGAGGAGCAGCUUGUGGCCAGCGUGCAGGUGGUCAAACGUCCCGCCGAUGCAGACUAUGCC